AUGCGAUUUUUGCGUUCGGGUGUACGGCUUCCUCGCUUCCAUCCAGCAUUGCCGACAAUCCAACGACUCCUUUCUUCACAAGCGUCGUCUUCGACCAGCAAGCCCAGGAUUUUGAUCAAGCCCCUGCGACACGCAAGUCUGGAGCCGCACGCGCAUGCAUUUAUUGCACCGGACAAGAGACAUCGGGUAUACGGCUGUGCAGACUUUACCAUGGUUCUGAAACCGUUUCCUCGUCAUUUGGUCGACGAACACGGAUGUAUCGAUGAAACGCGGCUACUUCCACCAUGGCUUCCGCUGCCACCACACGCUUCGACGCAUCAACGCCGGCAUCUUUGUCUGCCUAUGGUUCCGCUCGAAUCACGUGCUACUCAGAAGGAUGUUGUAGAACAAACUCGGUGGGAAGCACUGCAUCUACCUGCAACUUGGUCUGCGCAUGCAGCGCGUCCUAUCUUGCGCGUGUUUGUGCUCACAUCCAAGAAGCGCAUCCACAAGCGCGCCGUUCUCCGACACCGUACAAGAUCUCGGCUUGUGGCUGCGCUUCGUACGGCGAUCUCGCGACUUGAGGAUGUCGACUUGGACGUUUCGUCGAUGCUCGACGUGCGCAAACAGGUGAUUAUGCUCAUAGCCAACGCUGAUGCGUAUGCAAAAGACAUGGAUGCGCUGGUCAACGAGAUGGAUAAAGGCAUUCGUCUCGUUACUCAAUUCGCGUCUGCGCCACGCAAGCAUCAUGGCCGGCGGAAUGCGGUGGAUUCGGUUCGGGCCAAAUCCGCUUUUCCGCGCACCACCACAAGAGCCUGA